CGUCCCUUUCUCGUGUCCCGUUCCCGUGUCCCGGGGAGUGUCCCGGUGCCAUGUCCCUUUCUCGUGUCCCGUUCCCGUAUCCCUGUCCCGAGGCGUGUCCCGUUCCCGGGGCGUGUCCCGGUGCCAUGUCCCUUUCUCGUGUCCCGUGUCCCGGGGAGUGUCCCUGUCCCGAGGCGUGUCCCGUUCCCGUUCCCGGGGCGUGUCCCGGUGCCGUGGGCGGGCCGUACCGAGGCCGCCAUGGCGCUGAGCGGGGGUCUGGCUCUCCCUGUCGCUUACGCCUCCUUCGGUGCCCUGAGCGGCCUCUCGGCCUUCUGCGCCUGGAGCAUCGUGCCCGCGCUGCGCCAGCCCGGCACGGCUGCGGCCGGGGGGCUCUCGGGUGUGCUGGCGCUCUGGGCCCUAAUCACGCAUGUGAUGUACCUGCAGGAUUACUGGAGGACCUGGUUAAAAGGCCUGAGGUUCUUCCUGGCCGUGGGAAUUCUCUUCUCUGCCCUCUCCGGGCUGGGAUUCUGCGCCUUCCUGGCCCUGGCCAUUACCCAGCACCAGUCCCUGACUGAUCCCAAGAGUUACUACCUGUCGUGCGUGUGGAGUUUCAUGGCUCUCAAGUGGGCGCUGCUGCUCAGCCUUUACUCACACCGGUACCGGGCCGAGUUCGCCGACAUCAGCAUCCUCAGCGACUUCUGAGCCUCUCCCGGGACAGGAAUUCCCAAAAUUCCCGCGGGAAAGAGGGGAGAGGAGAGGCGUGGACGCACGGAGCAGGGACAGACACGGGGGUGUUUGGCUGGCUGGCUGUGUCUGUCUGUGUGUCUGUGUGUCUGUCUGUGUGUCUGUCUGUGUCUGUCUGUGUGUCUGUCUGUCUGUCUCUCUGUCUGUCUGUCUGUGUCUGUCUGUGUCUGUGUCUGUCUGUCUCUCUGUCUGUCUGUCUCUCUGUCUGUGUGUCUGUGUGUCUGUCUGUCUGUCUGUCUGUCUCUCUGUCUGUCUGUCUGUGUCUGUCUGUCUCUCUGUCUGUCUGUCUGUCUCUCUGUCUGUCUGUCUGUCUGUCUCUCUGUCUGUCUGUCUCUCUGUCUGUCUGUCUGUCUGUCUCUCUGUCUGUCUGUCUGUCCGUGUGUCGGGUUUACUCGCUCAUCGCUGCUCUGCUGGGAGGGAAGGACUCGGUGCUGCCGCUGUUUUGUCACUGCCCUGCUCCUGUGUCACCUCUCCCUGUUCCUGUGUCACCUCCCUGCUCCUGUGUCACCUCUCCCUGUUCCUCUGUCACCUCCCUGCUCCUGUGUCACCUCUCCCUGUUCCUGUGUCACCUUCUGCUCCUGUGUCACCUUCUGCUCCUGUGUCACCUCCCUGCUCCUGUGUCACCUCUGCUCUUUUGUCACCUCUGCUCCUUUGUCACCUUUGCUCCUGUGUCCCCUCUGUGCUCCUGUGUCCCCUCCCUGCUCUUUUGUCACCUCUCUGCCCCUUUGUCCCCUCCUGUGUCCUCUCUGUGUCCUGUGUGCUCAGCAGGAAGGCCCCAGCUGAUCCCCUCAGGUGCUCCCAGCCAGGUCCUGCCUCUCCAAGAUUUUGGGGUCCCUGGCAGCAGAGGGGGGCCCAGCUCAUCCCAAAGCUCCCAGGAUUGGGAACGCUGCUCCUGGCUGCUCCCUGGGCUGGUUUAACAAGGAAUGGGAUCCUGUGGUUAACCAUAAAUUCUGUGACACCUGGAGAUGCAGCAGCAGCUGUUUGGGGGAAAAAGGUGUUUGGGGGGAAAAAGGUGUUUGGGACAUAAAGGUGUUUGGGGGCAAAAGGUGUUGGGGAAAAAGAUUGCAGGGCCAAGCCUGACUUGCCUGAACCUCAGGGAGAGGAUUGCUGGGGAAAAAAUAGGGAAAAAAAAAGCUUUUAUGGGAGGAGGAGCAGAGGAGAGGGGACAGCAGCAGCUCAGGUGACCCCAUGGACUGAGGAGCACCUUUGGGGUGAGGCUGUGACCUCCUGGGAUCCCCAAACCCAACCCUGGGCCAUUUCUAGCCCUGAACUUCCCACCCCACAUCCCAGCUUUUUAAAGGGUCCUGUGUGUAAAUAUUCUCUCUAUUUUUACAUGGAUUCCUCGUUGUUUGCACCUUGGGGGUGCCAGGGUCGGUGCCACCUUUGGUGUCACCCUGUGCCACCACAAAUACAGCCCUCCCUCCCCAG